CUGAAGGAAAUAUUGAAAUUCAAAAAUACUCUCUGCGAGCAAGUGAUUCUACUUUUUACACAUUUGAUGAAAUAAUGUCCGCAUCCCCCUCCCCUCUCAUAAACGUUUCUAGCGUUUCAGAAACGAGAUAUAUUGCGCGAUCGGCAACCUGGUUCAAUUAAUAGUUAAUCGACGUUAUCUGGGAGCAUACGACCGGAAAGAUCGUGCCGAAAAACGAGCGUACGUGUUACUUCUAACGAGCUCGCUUGUGCUGAAGAUACGAGAAGAAGGACUGAUCGAACAUGUUGAUUUUUCUGGCCAUAUUGUUUCUUGGCGUUUCAACAAAAGCGUGCACUUUGAUACGGAGCAAUUAUUGUAUCACCAUAGAAAAUGAUAUUCUGAAGGAUGUUUAUAGUACCUCCGCACUAUCAGACGAGUUAGACCUCUCGGGUUUGGGUUUGAAGAAAAUCGAUGAAAAGGCAAAUCUUGACAGCCUCAGCGAAAUAAGAAAUCUUAGUUUGGCCAAUAAUCACUUGAGCCGAUUGCAGCCGUUGAUUUUUUAUAGCUUGUUCAAUCUGGAACAUCUUUCAUUAGCGAACAACAAUUUGAAACAAUUACAAUACGCUUUUUAUACCCUGCCACACCUUCGGACACUCGACAUCAGAAACAACAACAUGAAAGUCCUGUACACCGGCAGCUUUUACGGGCUUCCUGACAACACGGAAAUUCUAAUAGAUGGUAAUGAUUUUGGGCCAUUGAAAGACGACCAUUUCAAAAAACCAUUUCCACUUUUGGAAGUUUGCAUGGACGACGGCGUUAUUCAAUAUGUAAAGGACUUUGAUUCCGAGUACGAUGAGAAGAUAGAAAACGCAAAUUGUCCAAAGAUAUUCCGGCCUCUUUUAUAUGAUAUUCUUUCCCUUGGUAUGGAGGGCAUCAGAGGCUUCGCCGAAGGAUGGUACCGUCUCGGCGAUCUCAAUGUCACAUUUCUCGAUCUGCAGUUUAACGAAAUCGAUGAAAUUACGAGUGAAAUGCUCAACGACCUUCCGGAACGUUUGACUGGAGUUAAUCUCUCUUGGAACAAAAUCACAAAAGUGAAAGAAGACGUGAUCGUAAACUAUUUCUUGCGGCACUUGGACUUGAGGGAGAAUCGCAUCUCCGUGAUCGAAGACGACGCUUUCGCGAAAACCAACCUCAACGAAAUGAUACACGGAGAAAACGGAUUUGUUUUUGAUAGUGAGGAACGUCCUAUUUUUGAAGAAUUUUAAAAGUAUUUGGCCACGGAUUACCAACAAUAUAGUAUUUUUUGAAUUUUCCUACUUUUCGUCCCUUUAAUUUUGAACAUAAGUGGAAAUGUAUUGUAAAUCACAAAUAAAUCACAAAGUUAACGGAUCA